GUUAGCCUUCCAACAAGUGUAAGAACAUUUGAUGCUUUGAAUAUCCUGAUCUUGGAGGAUUGCAAGAAACUUAAAGGAAUCCUAGAACUCCCACCAAAUAUAAAAAAUAAAAUAAAAUAAAAUAAAAUAAAAAAGGUACAUGCUAGUGGAUGCAUAUCAUCUGAGAUUUUUCCAGAAAUAUCGAAAAGACUUGUACUCAAUACAAGCAACUUGCGAGAUCUGUGUUGGAUUGGCUUGUCAGGAUGUCACAAAAUGCUUGUGAAUGUAGCAGAUAAUUCUGUGCCAAGUUCUUCAUUUGUUGAGGGACAUCUUAAGAACUGUGGCAUUAUAUUUCCAGGAAAUAGGAUUCCAAACUGGUUCAACCAUGGUAAGGAUCAGACUUCAAAUGGUAAAUCAUGUAAAAUAGAUGUUAGUUUUGAUGGGAUCAGUAUUAGAAUUGCUUUAUGUGCUGUUAUUGGGAAAAAUCCCACGAUCUCUCGGGAAAGACCCCUUCCUCAUGAUCAUGUCGAAAUUGAUUUCCAUGUUGUGUUCUGCACUCUUAGUUCACUGCAUGGAAUCCAAAAGUGUUGCAGAGAGAGAAGAGCUGGAGAAAGAAUAGUUUCUUCAAUGGAUCAUGUAUGGUUAGAGUACUACGAUGGAGAAUAUGUUGGAAUGGAGACGAAUGAUUUGAUAGUACUUGAGUAUCCUCCUGCAAUAGAUUCAGUGAUCCUUAAAAGUUAUGGAGUUCAUCUGGUACAUGACAAGCAUGAUGAGAGAAUUAAACAUCAUCCAAAUGUGCUCAUGAGGAAGAAGAUGAUGAUGAUGUCAAUUUGAAUGUACCUGAUCAUGAGAAAAUUGGAAAUUCAGGAGAUUUGAUCGAUGCUAUUCGACUAUUGAAGAGGCCCAUGAUGAUGAUGAUGAUUACAACUUUAAAUACACCUCGUACCCACAACAAGAGAGGUGUUCUUCAACCUCGGGUGUCAAAGAAACAAAGGAAGAUUUGGAUUUACAUGAGAAGUAUACUAAUCAAUGGUUAGUUGGAUGAAUACUCAUGGAUCAUGGACAGUGGUGCUGGUGGUUGUGAUUUUCACUCUUGCUUGUUCGGCACCGUGGAUUACGUCUAUAUAUAUGUUUGUAUGGGACUUUGGAAAAAAAAUUGUAGUACGAAAUAGAUGUAAAUCCAAACUUUGGGCUCUCAUUUUUAGCUCUCUAUUACAGGGUUUGACAUAGAGAAAGAAUGAGAUGUUCAAGAAAGAGAAACCCAGCUAGAGGAAGAAACCAUUGCCUUCCUUUUCUUGUCUUUUCUACC